AUGACGUAUGGAACUGGUGAUACCAGUACUGAUCCUUACACUUCGAAUGUGACGGAAGCCUGUAUAAUGCUGGAUACACUUCAAAAUUCGUUCAUCAGUCAAGGGACGUAUGCUGUCACAUUACUGAAAGCUCUCAAGAUUUAUGAAGUUGUAUACUAUGACGAAGAUGAUCAUAAGUUGUAUGAUGGCUCGCCCUACCCUGUCUUCCUUUUCACAGCAACCACAAAUGUUGAUGACAUCAAGGCCAGUGCUUCAUUCAUCACCAAGCGCUUACCAGAUGCUCAGUUCAAUGUUAUUGCUUUCAAUAACACAAAUCUUCUUCAAAGCAUGAAUUUUCCAGCUAGUUAUGUCUAUUCUUUCUUUGAUUUAACCUAUCAGAAUACGGAUUUUCACGUAUGUAUGAGAGCUCUUAUGUGUGGAUAUUUGAAGAAAUGUGACGCCAUGGCUUCCACAGCCAUUUUCACUACUCCACGAGUAACUCCAGCUAUGACAACUGCGGCACCUGCAACGCCGCCUACAACGCCACCUACAACGCGUGUGGCCACUACGAAGCCUAUUAAACCAAUCACUAAUGCUCCUACAAAAAAACCAACUCCUGCUUCUCCAACUCAUGGAGGAGGUGAUGGAACACAUUCAACAGGAUAUUGCCAGUAA